AUGUUAGCGGCUGCUGUUAUUUUCUCUCCUUUUUUCUUCCAUUUUGUGGAAACUUGUCUUAAAAUCAACUACUCGACACCACCAAAAUGCGAGUGUAAAUCCCUUGCAUUGGAUUCAUCUAACAUGCAACAAAAUAUUGGAACCAGUUCAUUCUAUCCAAAUAUCUCCCUUCAUUCAGUUCAAUCUCCAAUUAUCUCGAUCGAUGACUGUGCUCUCACUGCUCACUGCAAUAAUGAAAAUUACGAUUUAGUUGGUUUCGACCCGUUAAAAGCCACCAUGUGUCGAGGUGUACAGAUUGCUCUGCUUUCAAUAUAUAUAACAGUUAUGGAACAGAGAAUUCAAUCAGCUUCGCUACAGCGUAUCUCUACACUUAGAAUUUUAACGAAAGUUUUUUUCAGAAGACACAUUAUUGACGGCUGCGUGGUAGAAGAAAUAUGGUGUGUCAGAGUGGAUGAUCUGGUUUGUGAAGCUGUUGGGAUAACGGCGAAAACUGAUUCUGGAACAUAUCAAAUUGAAGACUUGAUUGGAGUAAGUGGAGUAAGUGCAAUGAGUAUCCUUGUUUGCGGUUCAAAUGGAAUGCAUUCCCACUAUGAUAUAAUUGAUAUCAAAGAAAUAUCGUGUUCAUAUGAAAUGUGUUCGUGA